AGAUUCAAUUGCAAAAAAGCAAGCCUGUGAUACAGGCCGCUCAUAUUGUUGCAGAUUUGGAGAAUUUUGACUCAUUGCCCAUGAAUACAAAAUCACAGCAACCUGUUAAUCAAAAGCUCAGUGUGCUAUCUGAAACAGUUUGUAAUGUAAACUCUAAAGUUGACGCUCACUGUCAGCCGGAACAAAACACAACUGGCACUUCUACCCUGUCCCAUAAGCGUACCCAUGGCUUGACCUCAGAUGUAACUCAAGGAACACGACGUCCCCGAUUGAUGAAUAAAGCAGACGCCUCACAGCCAGUUGGUCGCCAACGUGAAAUAGGAGCCUCAGGCAGACAAACACGUAUCAAAGACAAAGUCCUUAAAGAGGGACAACCUGGUGAAUGCAAUCAACAAUGAAUACUAGUGGGCUGUAGGAUAUUCUACCGCCUCUUUCUG